AUCCUCUCCCUCGCCGGGCGCGCGCGCGGUUGGCGGGCGGGCGGCCGAGCGGGCGUCGGGGGCGCGCGGGCGGGCGUCGGGCUGCGGCUUUGUGGCGCCUCGGCUUGCGCUGCAGGAGCGAGGCGGCGGCCAUGGUGAAGCUGGGCGGCCCCGCGGGCCAGAAGAGCCCCUGCAAGGAGGCGCCCCCCGCCGAGGACGGCUUCGACACCAUCCCCCUCCUCACGCCCCUGGACGCCCACCGGCUGCAGUUCCCGCCCCCGGACAAGGUGGUGGUCAAGACAAAAACAGAAUAUGAACCAGACCGUAAGAAAGGGAAGUUCCGAACUCCUAAAAUAGCCGAGUUCACAAUCAGCAUCACUGAAGGCAUCUCAGAACGGUUUAAGGUAACCAUCUUGGUCCUGUUUGCCCUGGCCUUUCUCACUUGUGUUGUAUUUCUGGUUGUCUACAAGGUUUACAAAUAUGACCACACUUGUCCAGAAGGCUUCAUCUUCAAGAACAAUCAGUGCGUUCCAGCUGGAUUAGAAAAUUUCUACUCUGAACAAGACUCUAAUGCUAGAGGGAAAUUUUAUACUGUUAUAAACCACUACAACCUGGCCAAACAGACCAUCACCCGCUCUGUGUCGCCGUGGAUGACGGUGCUCUCAGAAGAGAAAGUGUCAGAGCAGGAGACGGAAGCGGCGGCCAAGUCUGCGUAGAGGGAUGGCUCUUGGUGACUUGAAGCUACCGAGAGAGCUUUUCAUGGAUUGUUUUGUUGUUAUGAAUAAUUUAGAGGUUACUUAUAUUUAUGGUGUAAUUGCUUUCGUUUGCUGAUAACUGCUUUGCAAAAAAAAAGGAAAAAUAAGGAAAGGAAAGCUUGCUACAGACCACUCAUGGGCUUCAAGCCAAGUGCAUUCCAGCAUUGCUGUGUAGAACUGUAACACUAAUUUCUGUUAAUAAAUCGCAUUUUCGGUACCUUCUUGCAAUUUAGAAAUUUUGUUGGAGUGUUUAGGGGUUGGGCAUGGGGGAGAAUCAUGCAUUUUACUGUAUAUAGUUUAAAAACCUCACUGUUUUGCAAUCUGAAUCCCUAUCGCCAUCCCUAGAAAUGAUCUGUCGCAAGGCUAUAAGAAGCACCUAAAAUUGGCUUUCAGGUCCAAAAAAGGGCACAAAGAAACCAAUAAACUUGGCCUGUUUUUGCUCAGUGUAUCAGAUAUGUACAAGUUUUUUGCAACGAGGCAUGCUUAAUUGUCGUUUUGUCAUAGCUGUGAACAGACUUUCAUUGUGUUUCCACUGUGGCUAGAGAAACUUGUCUGUGGAUGUGCACUGGAACACAAGAUGUAGAUUUAAUGAUGGAUAAUAAUAGUCAACGUCUGUGCAAGACUGAAAGGUGGUCAGACUUCCUGAGGAGCGAAGGGGCCCUUCUGGCUUGGACAGGCAGAGGUCUUUCACUGUAGAUACAGCCCCUCUACUCUAAUUUGUCUGAUCAGGCACGAGGAACAAUUUUGUUAAAAUUUUCUCUUUUGUACAACAGUUGUAAAACGUCUCUGUUUUCCUGUGUUGCAAGAUCCUUCAUGAUCGCAGCACUGUUUAACAUGCCCUGACCUGUGAUCCAAAGCAUCCUUAACCAGUAAUCCACUCCAUGUUAUUUAGUGGCACCACCACAUAAAGAUAUUGGGAUAAAGGGAACCAGCGUGGGCGAUGCAUUAAAUCUCUUCCUGCGCCCACUGCAGUUUCCAGAUGGCCGGGGUGGGCGGGCAGGCGGGGGAGGAAAAGCUCAGCCAGGCUUUCUUCACGCAAGCAGGCAGGGUGGGGGGAUGGGAGAGGGGUUUUAGAUAAACCUAGAAUUGUAGGUGCAUGCUUGGAUUUGAAGCUUCAUUGUGUUGACAUUUUCCAGCUGUUCCUAGUUUGCUAUUUAAAAUCCAGCCCAAACACAUUCCAAAGGUUAAUUAAAUCAACUUUCCAAUGGUGACAGCUUUGUUGGUCCAUCUAUGGGUCCAGCAGUGGGACAGGUGGCAUCCUCGGACCAAGGCAAAGAGGACUUAGCGGAUCUUGCUGUGGGUCAGAAUCCAACCGGGACUGUGCUGCACUUUCCCUUCUGUGCAGCUGCUAAUGCGUGGCUACAAGAACUAGAUGCCCAGGACAAGGCACCACAGAGCCGGCCCCCACACGUGGACUGCCAGAACGGUUGGCUGCCACUGAGCUACAGCACUCAGUUAGCUCCCGAUCGGCCUUUAGUUCAUGUUCUGAAAGUUUCAUUAUUUUGGUAGGCAUUCCUUAUGAAAUGAAGGGGGGGGGGGGACUUUCUUCUAUCAGCAGUAGAAUAAACAUGGUCAGUUUCACUCCCACCUUAUGUUGCCUUCCAGCCCUGCAGACUGCUCUGAAAUGUCAAUCGUUUUUCCAUUUAGGCAUUUUUAGUAUUGGGCACAGUUCUGUGUUGUAAAAGUCUUUUUUAAGUGACGCUGUCAUUGCUGUGUGGAAUGCAUAAAAAGCAAUAAAACUAUGUGCCAAAAUUUUCUUUUGCAUUAAAAAGAGCUCAGUCCCAUAUAAACAUGUUAAAUAAUAUCACGUCUGUACCUCUAGUAGACAUGUACCUUAUUGAAUGUAAACUCACAUGUAACUUUUUUGACAUUUUCACUCUGUAAAAUAAAGAAUAAAAAGUACGAUGAUGCUUCUUAAA